GGAAACUUGAUGAAAAUUAAACGCGGAGCUCCAGACAUUGCAUUGUUUAUUCCUGGUUCGACUUCAGCCCUAUCUGGUGAACCUAACCCGCAGCUUCGAUAAGCGGAUAAGCCCAAAAAAGCUCGCAUUCUGUCCGUGCGUCAUUUUCCAUUCUGUAUCCCUUGACCAAGCUUCCUGCUCCUUUUUCGGGGCGCCGAACCAUAUAUGUCACAUCUCAGCGACCUCGCCCAACUCAUCAAUCAACCAGUAUGGACUCGAACAAACCCUCUACAGCUCUUGGCACCGCCUCGAAGGAAAAUCGCUCGGCGGACCCGACGGCAGGCCUUCCUUACUACGACGAAACGCGACGAAAGCUCAAACAAUUAUUGGAGCAAAAGAAGAAUCUCGAGCGCGUUUUGGCGCUCAGUGAGGAAGCCAUUUAUAGAAAGGAAACGGAAUAUUUGGAUGAGACGCCACAGGGAAAUAUCAUAACUGGAUUUGAUGGGUAUGCGAAAGGUGCGAGUGUGGGAGGAGUGGGAAGGGGUGCUGGAACGGGGAGAAAGAGCACGGCUGUGGGAGGAACGGAUAGACCGUUUAGUGGGAGUUCGCAUAGCUGGAAGGUUAAUGUUGAUUCCCCUUUACCUUCAGGAGCUUCAACGCCAGUCGCAGCUAUGGCACCGACGCCCUUGUCAAUGAGCUUUCCAAAGAAUGGCGACGGCGCAUCGAAUCAUGCAACGCCCACAUCUGCUUCUUCGGGGAAAGGGAAAAAGAAUAAGAAGAUGGCGGGAGGCGACGACAGUGAAACAGAUACAAGGGAAAAUACGGGGAAUAAGAAGGCGAGGACUAAUUUCGGAGCUGCGAGGAAAUAGGAGAUGAUGGCUUAAAUGGAAAUGCCGUGCUGUGAUUGUUACAUUUUUGGAAUUGGGAUUGGGAAGGUGAAAUUGACAAUGUAGGAAUUGGGAGUUUAAAUCGGAUUCUCGGAAUGAGAAUAUUGGGAUCUGGAGUA